AUGCCCAAGAAGCAACAAGAUCCCGAGAGCUUUACUUUGCCGGUUAAGAUUGGGAAUUUGGAAGCAAAGGGUACCUUGGCCGAUCUUGGAGCUAGUGUAAGUUUGAUUCUAUUGUCCAUUGCUCAACAACACAACAUUGAAAUGAUCUCUACAAGGAAGACAAUUCAACUUGCCAACCGAUCGGUAAAGUUGCCAUGCGGAGAGCUUGAGGAUGUUCCCAUUCAAGUGGGACAUAUCUAUGUUCCUUGUGAUUUUGUUGUCAUGGACAUGGAGGAAGAUGACAAUACACCUUUGAUCUUGGGUCGAGAGGCUCUUAAGACCUUGGGAGCUGUGAUCAAUUGCAAGAACAACACUAUCACUUGUGAAGUUGCCGAUGAAAAGAUGGUGUUUGAAUUUUCCAACGUAUAUAAGAAUCCCAUGGUGGAGAAGGUUUGUAGAGUGGAUGUGGUAGGUCCCCCUUAA